GUAAGCUAUUUGUCAGCGUUUUUAUGACAGUCGCAAAACGAAAGCCGGUGGAAAAAGAAGAUUUUUGGAAGAUUGCAUGUGUUUCGUUUGAUUUCGAGGAAAAUGAAUUCAAUAAAACUUGGUCUCAUAAUGCCGCUUCUAAUUGGCAUCAGCAUUAAAGCCUGUCCCAUUUACCUAACGAUUGGCUUGGAUGGCAAAACCUAUCAGGAAUCGUCGUUAACCCUUAACUGGGCCUCCGACUGUUUUGUACGUCCCGAAUGGUAUGGCAUUUACACAGAAGAGCCCUCAUCAAUUCUGCUGCAUCCCUAUAUACGUAUACAGAAUGUCAGUGACGGUAUUCAUCGCAUGGCCGUCAAACGAAAAGUUGGAAAAUUACGUUUCCCCCCGGGCUGGAAUCGUAACGAUAAUCCCGAAAAUGUCGAACAUUAUACGAAAAUGAAAUGUUUGGAUUAUUAUGUGGCCAGUUUUCGUGGCAGUGAGCUUUUGAGUGUGGAAUGCCUUAAAAUCUAUCCGAAUUGGAUGAGAAGUCAUGAGGAUAUGGGACAAAUGCAAUUGAAAGAUUUAUUCAUACCGGGUACUCAUGCCUCCGGGGCUUAUCUAACAAACUAUGGUGCGACCAAAUCAAUGCUAAUAAAGGAACAUGCUAUAUCUCAAUAUUUCGAUAUAUGGUCACAACUGGUCUUUGGGAUACGAUAUUUGGAUUUAAGCGUUGGCGUUCAACGAGAAAGAGAUGCAAGUGAUCCCGACAAGUUUUGGAUAGUCAACGAGAAUAUGUUCAUCAAUCAACUGCGUUACAUUUUGAAAGAUGUUCGGAAAUUUGUGACCCUAACGGGGGAAAUUGUCAUCUUGGAUUUUAGCUCAUUUCCCAUUGGUUUCUAUCAACGUCCCGAUUUGCACAUGGAGUUAUUUACAAUGAUUUCCCGGGAAUUGGGAUCCUAUGUUUACAUGCACAAUGACACCAAUAUUCCAUGCGCUAAUCUGACCAUUGAUGAGAUUGCAACUACAAAUAGGACUAUUAUUGUAUUGUAUCCCAUGGAUGAGUUGCAGCAUCCGGCAAAUGAAUCACCCAUUUUAUGUCAGCCAUGGAAACGUUUUUCAACCGGUUUCAUGAAUACCUCGGAGGCUCUGGACUACAUGCGUCUGCUGUUCAGCAAGAAGAAAUCAUCGCCCGUACAGGAUGAAGGUUGGACAUUUAAUGCCAUCAAAAGCAUGGAACAAUCAUUGAAUGCCGGCAAGUUGCAAACAUCCAAAGAGCGCGCAUUGCACAUAAAUUCCAAAAUAUCUAAUUGGCUGCGUGGACCGUGGGGUAAAACGGCCAAUGUGGUAACACUGGACUAUUUCAGCAGCACUAAUAUCAUCGAUCUCGCGGUGAAUGUUAACAUACAAAAGGCAUUCUUGAAAUCGAACAAAAAUUAUAUACAUUUUGAAAUAACUGUUUGAAAACGGGAUUAAAUAAUAAAAAUUUUAUAUAAAUAUUGUUGGAAUGUAA